UCAUCAUCAUGCUUGCUUCACAUUUUGGCGGGACCAAUGCAGCCAACGCUGCUGCUGCUGCAGUCCCUUCGUCCUCGUCGGCCAGCAAGAGCGCCGCAGCGUCAGACGCGUCAGCAUCGCCAGCUGCCUUUGCGCGCUUGCUUGGAGAUCUUGCUGCCGCCGGACAAGGCACCGUCGAUGUGGACGGCCAGGGCGUCGUCGCUGUCUGGGUCGCCGAAUCCGCGCUUCACCCGCUUCGAGCGUUCACACGCGCCAAACCGUUCGUCCUGCUCGUUCGCCGACAGCAGGCGAGCGGCAAUAGCGCAGUGGCACCAAACACCACUGGCUCGUCAAGUGUCAGCACGGCGACUCAGCAGACCAAGCUCACGCCGAACAGCACCGCGGUUGGGCUCGUUGGAAGCCACGAGCUGCAGCAGGUCUUUGUCGGCGACGCCAACGCAGACAGCGUAUUCGGCUUGUUUGGCGUUGAGGCUGCCGUUCCAGACGCGACAAUCCAGAAGAUGACACUGGCUGCAUUUGCCGGCCAUGCUCCGUUGUCGUACGACGACGGUCGCUACUUUGUCGCCCAGUAUCAGCGCGCUCAAGGACACGCUGCUCUGGCGCCACUUUUUGUCAUGGUCGACCAUUCCUUGUACCGUUUCAUUGGUGCUGUCGCUUCAGCGCCCAUCGCAUCGGAAAACGUAAACGACACGUUCGAAACCACAACAAUUUCCGUCUCAUGCCCGAAACAGCCCAUUCUUGCGGCUGUCAGCGCGGGAGGCAAACAGCCCACUUUGACCAAUGGCGCCCGUGCGCCUGCGUCCAUCAAACAGCUGGAGGAGCACUUCUUGUUGCGGCACAACCUCCCUGGAACCGUUCUCGUGCACACACGAGCGUCUGCGACUUACGAUAUUGUCGGGACCACGUCAGAAUACUUUUCAGCCGGAGGAAAUGCAGUUCUGGCAUCCAGCUACUCCAGCACAUCGGCAGGCGCCGAGGACUCAGCAGCAGCCCCCAAUCUUGAUCCCUCUGGUAUUGGCAGCUGCUUGGCUGUUGAGCUGUCGUGGGAGGGCGUGAACGACCAAGUCUUGUGCACACCUCCGCGCACUGCCAACGCAACCCUUCGGCUUCGCGCCGUCCCCGGCACGGAUGAUCGCAGUGCUGGAAACCGCGCUUUUGCCGAAGUCCAGGCCCUGCGAAAACUCGAAGCAGCACGGUCUGCCUCCUCCUCCUCCUCCUCUUCCUCUGCAACAGCGGACACGACGGCAGAGUCAGUACUGUUGGGACAACAGUCGAUCGCUCCACUGACAUCGGCCUUCCUCAACUUUAUCAACGACGAUGCACCCGAAAGCGGGUUGACGGAUGCUUCGAAUGGCUUGAUUGCUGCGCUUCAGGCACAAGUCAGUGGGGUGGCAGUUCCACUGCUGGGCCCGUCCGCCGCUGCCUCCGCUAGCGGUCCAGGCGCCAGUGUGCUCAGCUUGUUCUCGCUUCCAGCACGACUGGAUUUCGACUUUACCGAGCGUCUCUGGGAGUUUCUGCGACACGCCAGCACAACCGAGGACCUUGCUCAAGCAGUCACUCAGAUCUUGAAUGUUCUCCUGCUCGGUGAGCUCCAGCCCAUGAUUCAUCGCACUAAUCCCUCAAGUCUGGCGACAUUGAUUCGUGAGGCGCUGAAGCUUGCGCCAACAGCUGUCGCCUCUACCGCCGCCACGGUCGGCGACGCCAAAGCUGCGCGUCGUCAACUUGCCGAUGCCAUGCGUCAGCUGCAAACGCCGACUGGCGCGUUGGAUACCUUGGUCGAGAUGGGAGUUUGCAAGCUUCGGCGUGACUUUACACACUAUCUCCUUUCCGAAGAGCUCGUGUCAUGGUCCCAGCUGGGCUUCUUUUCAGAUUCGACUGUUCCUCUCUCGGAGCAAGUUGAACGCGUUGCACGCCUGCUGGCUGUUGUCGAGCUGUUUGUCGUGGCUCGCACAUUCACAGACCUGCCUCAUGCAUCAUUGAGGCAGCUAUUGCGAGCAGCACUGGACUAUUACACGAAUCACAGCUCGAGCGAUCAUCCGUUGUUUGUCCUCGCGAUGCCAACGUUUUCGGCCCAGACGGCCCACCUCAAGCGUCCAAUCACCAGCGCAAAGCCUUCAUCGUGGACGUUGGCCUUGUACACGACGAAUUUUGCCGCUGUGGACAUUGUGCAAUGCACGCUUCAGCCGCCAUUCGAGUUGCCCUCGGACGACAUUGGUGCGCGCGCCGUCAAUUCGUUCGACUUGAACUCGGUGUCGUACUAUGAGUGCGGCGCGACAUUCGAGCGUGUGCUUUUCACGACGCCGCAUCUAUAAUCUGUUUUUGCAGUAGUGUACUGCAUAUUGUCAAUGAAUUUCUCAAAUUUCCAACAAAUGCAUUGCGUCGCAUACAGGCAAUGUGUCUUGAAGUUGUUGAAGGAUUUAC